GUCCCCUCGAGCAUCGACGCUAACUGCAUCUUAUAUUGAGUGCUCGUAUUCGCGACGGAUGUGCAUCACAGAACCACGUGACCUAAUAGCCCAUAAAUAACAAUUGAAUAUUUCUUAAUUUUCAUUAUUUUUGAUAGAUUUAAAAAUAAUAAUGUUCGGUAUAUCGUAAAUUUUAAUUUCGUAAUACCGUUAUAUUUUAUAAAUCGAAAUGGAACUCGAAAAUCAAAAAAAUACAAAUCAAACAGCAGAGGAACAACCGUUGAAAGCUGAAAUACCAACGAAUAUACAGAACUUGAGGUUUUUGGGUAAAUUGAAAUAUGUGAAAGCGAAUAUAACAGUGGAGCCUGUUUUGGCGUUGUUUGUGAUGCCUAGUGUUCUAGCGAUGUUGGCUACCCAGAAUCUAAAUUUGGACAAGGCAUGUCGAGUGAAUUUGGAAUUCGAAGAUCUCGUUUGUACCAAUCUGAGACUUAGAAAGCGAGCAAAUCACACAUUCGAAGAAGACGAGGUGCAAAAAUUAAUAGCCUCUGUUCAAGCUUGGAAAAGUGUUAUUUUAACGGCUGUUCCGACAACCCUGAUGCUGUUCAUAGGCGCUUGGAGUGACAAGACAGGAAGGCGGAAAAUUUGCAUGACGAUGCCGAUCAUCGGGGAAAUCAUGACAUGUCUUCUGAAUAUGACUAACACGUAUUUUUUCUAUGAAGUCCCAGUGGAGUUGACUGUAUUUAUGGAGGUCAUAUUUCAAUCACUCACGGGGGGAUGGUACACAAUGCUGCUCGGUACUUAUAGCUACCUGGGUGAUAUCACAUCUAAGGAGACGAGAACAUUUCGCUUGGGAAUACUGAGUUUGUGUAUGACCGUUGGAUUCCCAAUAGGGAUGGGUUUGAGUGGUGUGCUGUUGAAAUACGCCGGAUACUAUGGAGUGUUCUCUAUGGCCGCGUUCUUCCAAUUUAUCAAUUUGUGUUACGUUAUCUUUGUCAUCGAAGAUCAUAGAUGGUUAGAAAAUAAGGAUAAGGAAAAGCGGGCAGGAUGCACCGGAUUUCUUCUGGAAUUUUUCGAUUUCCACAGUCUCAAGGACACGAUGCAUAUAGCAUUCAAGAAAGGUUCUAAUAAUAGGAGAUUAAGGAUUUGCCUGGUUUUGACUGUGGUCUGUCUGAGUUUUGGACCUUUAUGGGGUGAACUGAGUAUAAUGUAUAUUUUUGCACGCUACCGCUUCAAUUGGGACGAAGUGAAGUACAGCAUUUACUCGACUUACAAUCUCGUUACGCAUUCUAUAGGUACAAUGUUUUGUAUUAGCGUGUUCAGCAAGAAGCUAGGAGUUGACGACGCCGUUCUAGGAAUGAUUUCGACGGCGAGUAAGAUUGGCGGUGCUUUCGUUUUAGCCUUUGCUAGAACCGAUCUCGAAGUCUAUAUGGCUCCUCUCGUUGAAAUAUUGAACGGGACGACAACAAUAGCCCUGCGGUCGAUCGCAUCUAAAUUGGUAUCGCAUCAAGAAUUAGGUAAAGUGUUUUCAUUGUUCGGGGUAGCGGAGACAAUGAUGCCUCUGAUAUUUUCGCCGCUGUAUUCCCGCGUGUAUAUAUUAACGCUACACGUGCUGCCCGGCGCCGUGUUCCUGCUCAGUGUGCUGGCCACUUUACCGGCAUUCGGAAUAUUCGUAUGGUUCUACAGUCAACAUAUGAAAGACAAAAGAAAGAAAAGAUUGACCAUACCGGCACUAAGCACGUUACCAGAAACUCAAGCAUAAUGUAUUUAUCAAUAUAUAAUUCAUAUAUUCAGAUUUUAGUAUACACUAGAAAAUAUUAAGAAACCCAUGAAAACUUGAUUAAAAAAUAAAUGUAUCCUUUUAGGAAGUCUAAGCAAAAUAUUUGUCUAAUGAUCUGUGUCCAUUGACAAAAUAUAUGAUGUUUUUAAUUGAUGUUUGAAAAUAAUUAUCUGUGAAACAGCCUACUGCCUAGUUAAUAAAAGUCUAAUGUUCAUUUAACAAGGCGAGUCAUCUGGUUGUAUUUAGUAUAUCUCAGUACAAGGACUAUAUAGCCAUGCGAUACAUAUUUCCCAGGUAGUCCAAUAGAAAAAACUUAAAGCCCGGUGGUUGUUAAAAUUUGUUCCUGCCGUCUGUCUGUUGGUCAUGAAAGAUGAAAUAAAUGUUGACGUAACCUCGUUAAAGAGCAGUAAGGAUUUAAAAAGUAUAUAUAUAUAUAUAUUUGUAUUUAUUAAAAAAAUAUUUGACACAAUUAAGUAUAUCGUUUUUAUUGACAUUAUUCGUGAGUGGGCAUAAUAAACUAUAACUACAGUGAUAAAACACGAAACUAACCUAACCUAUAAUAAUAAUAUUACAUGUCAAAACCUUAGACGGUGUUGCCAGUAAAAAAAUAGUUUUGACCAGAAACUUAUAAAUAAAACAAGGGACAUUCCUUAUUGAUUAAAAUUUAAAUAAAAUGUGUAUAUUGCGAUAGCUGGAACAGUAUACGACAAUAACGCUCGUUUAUCGAUAAGGAGGUCAGUUGUGAAAAGUAUACAGUAUUAAACUGUACAGUAAUAUUUUCUAACAAGCCUUUAUAGAGUGACCUUUAUAAAAAUGAAUGUAACGGAAUCUCGCAAUAACCUUUCCACUCGAUUCUAGACUUUCGAAUGAUUCGUAUUGAAUUGCUAUACAAAUCAGUAUUUUAUUUUAUAGAUCUAAUUGCUAACGAAAGUUCAUUCCCCCUUGAUGUACUUCAGAUGAGUGGGUCACGCUCGUGCUUAUUCAAUUUUUUUAGUGUGCGUGAGACUCGUAAGAUUCGUCAUGAGUCUAGGAAGAUUAAAGACAGCAAAAAAAUAGUUUUAAGGGAUAAUAUUUUAUUUAAGGAUAACAUAGCCUACCAAAAAUGCAAAGGCUAUCAGACGAGAUACAAACAAACAAAAUGAAUGGAUGUGUUGAAACUUUAUUGAAUCGUUGAAGAUUGUGAUUGUGAUAUCUUAGAAG